AUGAAACUUUCUGUGCUUGUUCUGCUAUCGCUCCAACUGUCUCACGCCUUCAACUUGCCAUAUGGAAACCUCCGAAGCAGCAUCUUCGAUCGUCGGCCCGACAACCUGGCUCGUCUCGGGUCUCGUAUCUCCUCUAGAUGCUCCGAGAGCGCGAGGCCCUGCCGCCCUCUGAGCAUGCAGACAACGCAGGAGAAGGCGAGUAAAGCUAUCAACCCGAUCUUCGGGGAUACAGGAGGAGCAAUUCUAGCCGUGGAGAAGCUCUCGCUCAGUGCCGGGCCUCGUGACAUAUUGCUCGACGCUUCCUUCAAGGCCAUGCAGGGCGAUCGCAUCGGAGUGGUGGGAGCCAACGGAGCCGGGAAGAGCACGCUCCUCUCGGCUAUCGUGCGGACGAGAGCGUGGGACAGCGGGGAAGCGGUGAUCAAGCCCGAGACAACGGUGGGGUACCUGAUCCAGACGGCAGUCAGCGGGAGCAAGAGAUCGGCAUGGGACGAGGCGUCUUCGGGGAUGAACAAGAUCAUGGCGGCUGAGGAGCGACUGCUCAAGGCGCAGGAGGCUGUGGAGCGGGAGGCGAUGUCGGAGCGAGCGGCCAACGAGCUUGCGUCGGCGCAGGCAGAGUUCGAGGCUGUGGGAGGAAGCAGCAAGGAUCAGAAGGUCGCGCGCGUGCUCAACGGGCUGGGGUUUCAGCGGGAGGACCACAACAAGUCCUGCACCGAGUUCAGCGGGGGAUGGCAGAUGCGCAUCGCGCUAGCUCGCCUCCUCCUGAGCGAGCCCGACCUCCUGCUCCUCGACGAGCCCACCAACCACCUGGACAUGAGCGCGAAGCAGUGGCUCGUGAGCUACCUCAAGGAGUACAAGGGGACCAUCAUGGUGGUGACGCACGAGACCAGCCUGCUCGACGGCAUCGCAUGCAACACGAUCCUGGAGGUCCGCGACAAGAGGCUCCACGUGUUCAAGUGCAGCCACUCCAAGUUCCUGCUCGAGCGGCAGGCCAGGGUCGACGCUGCUGCCAAGGCGUACGAGGCGCAGCAGAGGGAGAUCGAGAAGCUGCAGAGCUACAUCGACAGGUUCGGGGCCAAGGCCUCCAAGGCCUCGUCGGCGCAGUCGAGGAAGAAGCAGCUGGAGAAGAUGGAGGUCAUCGAUGCGCCGGAGAGCCUCCAGACAGGACGGCGACCCAAGCUCGUCCUGCCCGAGCCUCCCAAGUGCAGGAUGGAGAUGGUGGCAAACAAGAAGAGAGGAAACGCGCCGAAGAGGAUCGAGAAGAUAGAGAAGGAAGUGGGGAAGCUGGAGCAGAAGAUCGCUCAGAUCGACGCAGACAUGGUGGCGAAGGGGAGCAACGUGGAGGCUCUUUACGAGCUCCAGAGCAAACGAGAUUCGCUCCAGGGCGAUCUAGACAAGUUGUAUGCUGAGUGGGAGGAGCUGGAGACCAUUCUCUCUUGA